CCGAGGCAAACAGAUUCUCAUAGACACGUACUACUGAUCACGUUGCAAUUCACCUCUCCUACGACUUCACAACCUCACUUUCCCCCCCCUCCAGUCCCCAUGACGGACGUCCGAGCCUUACUCGCGGCGGAGCGACAAUCACGAAGGAUCUCUCAUCCUCACUUACAGUACACCAAGUCUGGAAUUCUACUCUGUACCAUUUGUAAUUUGAACGUCAAGUCCGAAAAGCUAUGGGAUGGCCACCUGCGAAGUGCCAACCACCGAAAAAACGCACUUGCGUCACAAGAAGCGUCGAGCAACCCACUGAAACGAAAGAUAGAGGAUGUCGAUUCAGAAUCCCCUCAGGAUGAUGGCGGACACUCUCCUAGUGCAGCCACGGAUGCGAGGAAGAAAGCAAAGGCCAGAGGAGGUGAUGGUGUCGGGAACAAUGGAGAUAUACAGCAUGAAGAACGAGACGGCUCGGAGCCAUCACCAACCUCUAAUGAGUUAAACGAGGUGCUAGCAGAACAACCACUUCUGGCAGCGGCGGCGCCCAUACCCAAAUCUCCCGGCGAGAGCUCCGAACCACAUUCAUCGCCCAUUACCAACCGACCGAAACCAGCGACAGCGCCUGCUGCUGCUGCUGCUGCUUCAGUUGACGAGGACGAGUGGGCAGCGUUUGAACGCGAAGUUGCACCACUGACCACGGAACAGGCUGCACCACCAGUCAGCUACGAAGCAGCCACCAUAUCAGCAGCACCAGUCUCAGCUGCUCAACUAGCUGAGCAAGCCGACCAGGAAAAGCGAGGACAAUUGGAACUACAAUAUCAAGAUGACAAGGAGGAAGAGGAGCGACGGUUGGAAGAAGAAUUCCUUGUCAUGGAGGAAAUGGAAGAGCGCGUCCGCAAGUUAAAAGACAAGAGGGAGGCGUUGCGGACUGCAAUGCAAAAUCAUAACAGUGACGGUGUCGAUACGGGCCAGACAAUUUCGUUGAAUGCUGAGGACCCUGUAGACGGCGGGGGAAAAGUCACGGCGGGAUUUGAUGAUCAUCAUGACGACGACGACGAUGACGACGAUGACGAAGAAGAUGACUGGUAUCAGUAG